UCACGGCCGGUGUGAGCCUGACUGGGUUUACAUACAGCUAUCUCUGGUUGUCUGUCAUACAUCUGGCCCGGCCCAUUUCCGUUCCUCGUCUUGUCGCCUCCUUGUCUCUCCAGUCUCCAUUUUCCAGCGGAUCUUGCUUCGAGAAGCUGUAGUAGUGUCCCCUUGGCCUUUUCUUCUCUCUCCAUAUGGCUGCAAAUAUGUACCGCGUUGGAGAUUAUGUCUACUUUGAAAACUCUUCAAGUAACCCAUAUUUGAUACGCAGAAUAGAAGAACUCAAUAAGACAGCCAAUGGAAAUGUAGAGGCAAAGGUGGUAUGUUUCUAUAGACGGAGGGAUAUUUCAAACGCUUUAAUUGUACUGGCUGACAAACAUGCAAGAGAAAUGGAAGAAGAGAUGGAAAACCUAGAAAUGAUGGAUUUACCUGAGAAACAGAAACACCAGUUGCGACAUCGAGAACUGUUUCUCUCACGGCAGUUGGAAUCUUUGCCAGCCACUCACAUUAGAGGCAAAUGCAGUGUUACUUUAUUAAAUGAAACAGAAUCUCUUAAAUCCUAUCUGGAAUGUGAGGACUUCUUUUUUUAUUCACUAGUGUAUGAUCCGCAACAGAAGACUCUUCUAGCUGAUAAAGGAGAGAUCAGGGUUGGAAACAGAUACCAAGCUGAUAUAACUGAUUUCCUGAAAGAAGGUGCGGAUGAUGGCAGAGACCAAUCAAAACUUGAAACAAAAGUUUGGGACACAUUUAACCCACUAAUAGAAAAACAAAUAGACCAAUUCCUUAUAAUAGCACGCUCUGUGGGUACAUUUGCACGUGCUCUAGAUUGUAGCAGUUCUGUUCGGCAGCCAAGCUUACAUAUGAGUGCUGCAGCAGCUUCUAGAGACAUCACACUGUUCCAUGCUAUGGAUACUUUGCAUAAAAAUGUCUAUGACAUUUCCAAGGCAAUCUCUGCCCUUGUGCCACAUGGUGGGCCUGUUUUAUGCAGGGAUGAAAUGGAGGAAUGGUCUGCUUCUGAAGCAAAUCUCUUUGAAGAAGCCCUUGAAAAAUAUGGAAAGGAUUUCACUGAUAUUCAGCAAGAUUUUCUUCCAUGGAAGUCCUUAACCAGCAUAAUUGAGUAUUACUACAUGUGGAAAACCACAGAUCGAUAUGUUCAGCAGAAACGAUUAAAAGCUGCAGAAGCAGAAAGCAAGCUAAAGCAAGUAUAUAUUCCUAAUUAUAACAAACCAAAUCCCAACCAGAUCAGUGUAAACAACGUUAAACCAGGAAUGAUGAAUGGUGCAGGAAUACAGACACAGACACAGAAUAUGGGAACAGGCCGUGCUUGUGAAAGCUGCUAUAUUACACAGUCUCACCAAUGGUAUUCUUGGGGUCCUCCUAACAUGCAAUGUCGUCUUUGUAUAUCUUGCUGGACAUACUGGAAGAAAUAUGGUGGCUUGAAAAUGCCAACACGGCUAGAUGGAGAGCGACCAGGGCCAAACCGCAAUAAUGGGAGUCCUCAUACUGGACCCAUAAGAAACAACGGGAGCCCCAAGUUUGCUAUGAAAACACGACAGGCUUUCUAUUUACACACAACCAAACUAACCAGGCUUGCCCGACGCUUAUGUAGAGACAUCUUGCGUCCAUGGCAUGCAGCAAAACAUCCUCAUGUGACUAUCAACAGUGCAGCAAUCAAAGCAGAAUGUGCAGCUCGUUUACCGGAAGCUUCAGAAAAUUUGUUGUCAAAGCAAGUUGUUAGAAAACCUUUAGAAGCAGUGCUUCAGUAUCUAGAGUCUCAUCCCUGCCCUCUGAAACCUGAUCCUACUAAGAGUUUAUCUGGCUCCCUCAACAGCAUGCCUUACAAGUUUGCUUCAAUGAUUAACAGUGGAUCUCCAACUAUCUUAGGAAAAAGAUGUUAUGAACAGCACAAUGGGAUGGAUGGCAACAUGAAGAAGCGCCUUUUAAUGCCUAGCAGGGGUCUGCCUAACCAUGGACAAAACAGACAAAUGGGACCAAGUCGAAACUUACUACUCAAUGGGAAAUCAUACCCAACAAAAAUCCGGUUAAUCCGUGGUGGAACCAUAUUGCCAGUGAAAAGGAAGAAGAUGAAUUGGAUUGAUGCUCCUGAUGAUGUUUUCUUUGUAUCCACUGAGGAAAUCAGAAAAAUUCGCAAGCUGCUUUCUUCCUGUGAUGCUAAGAGAGCUGCAAGAAACCCCUACAAACCCAUUGUCCUUCAGCCAUCACAAGGCAUGCAUCUGCCACAGCCUGUGAAUGAUGAACCAAUAAUAAUAGAGGACUAAAACCUCUUGACUGAUAUUUAAAACAUUAAUAGAAUUGUCAGAUUCUGGCAAUUCACACAUACUUUCUUCUGUGGCUAUUGUAUUGGAUCCAUUGCUCAUUAUAAACUACAGGAAUAGAACUACAUUUCUCUUAAAGAAAUUCAACCCUGCUGUGUGACUUGAUGGCUACAGACUGCAAAUCAAUUUGCAUUUUUCUUAUUAGAACAAUUUUUUUCUUGUCAUUAAUUCCACUCCUUUUGUAAUAAAGUUGAGAAGCAAACUAAAUUUAACUUAUUGAAAAAAAAGAGGAUAGUAAUCUUAAUAUGCUCUUUUUUGUGUCUGUAAUCCAUAUGAUUUCCUUUUAUGACUCAGUUCUUAUUGUCAAGCUGUUUCAGGAGACUAUUGUACUGUGUGUGUGUGUGUGUGUGUGUGUCUCAAUGGUAUCAUUUUAAAGUUCCAUUUAUAUUAUUAUUUUGUUGUUACAGUAUUGAUUGUGUAUCUAUAAUAUCUGGAAAUAUACAGUCUAGAAAUGAAAAACAAGUUUACUGGGCUUUUUGCUCCUGCUUGGAUAAAGUUAUUGGAAGCCAAACAGGAUUUCAAGUUUGUACUGUUUCUCCUGACAACCCUGAUAGUUUUCCUUCAUCUUUGUGAAUUCCUCCAUAUACUCUAAUUCCUAUUUAGUUUCCUUCUGAUAGUGGAGACAGCAGUCACACGAAAACCUUCCUCUAAGAGUUCAGAUUUUUUUUUUAGUUUCAUUUGAGAAAUUACUAGCCAAGUUCUUGCUUUCCAUAAACAUGGCUUUUCCUUCAUGUUAACUGGUUUACCAAGCAUUCAAAAUACAGUCUUUUAAAGGUAAUAAGAAGUUUAAAAGACUUGUAUGUUAAGCAUUCAUGUAAGUUUGGAAAUAAAGAAAGAAGGUCAAGACAGGAUUCUUCUCCUGGUAUGUUAAGCAAUACGGUUGACUAGCUAAAGGCAAAAACAAUUAUACUGGAAAUUAUUGGAUAUUUUUUUUAAUAAAGUCCAUGGAAAGUAUUGGCUCUUGGAUGGAGACAUUCCCAUACCUAAAGCCUCCAGCUGAAUCCUUGAAUUACUACAUUCCCCUGUUAUCUAGAUUUCUACUCUUUUUUGUAUUGUCUUGACCCUACUUGGAAUUACAACAAGAGCCCUUUUGCUUUGCUUGAUUUCUGGAUGGUUGUUUACCCUGUUGCUUGUCCCUCUGGUUGCAAAUAAGCUCCCUUUACAAAACUUGGACUGUGCAGUUAUAUUUAUUUGUAGGACAGGAUAUGAAUGACUAUUACAUUACAUGUUACUAACCACAGUAUCAAUAUAAUAUAAUUAUGCAUGAAAGUUAUCCAAAACUAGAACUUUA